AUGGCCAGUGGGGAGGAUACGAUGAGUGGUGUCGUGGAUCCCGAGACGCUCUACACAAAGCAAAACUGCAUAGGUGGUGGUAGCUUUGGGAAAGUCUACAAGGGAGUCGACAAACGCAGUGGACAAGCUGUUGCUAUCAAAGUGAUCGAUGUCGAAAAUGCAGAGGACGAGGUCGAGGAUAUCAUACAAGAGAUUGCUAUUCUCUCAGAACUCCACUCCCCAUACGUUACUCAAUACCACGGAUCAUACUUGAAAGGCUCAGACCUAUGGAUUGUCAUGGAAUUCUGCGCUGGUGGAAGCUGUGGUGAUUUGAUGAAGCCCGGGUUAAUUGGAGAGGAAUAUAUUUCGAUCAUAAUACGCGAAUUGUUGCUCGGCCUGGACUACCUUCAUGGGGACAAGAAGCUCCACAGAGAUAUCAAAGCUGCGAAUGUCUUGCUGGGGGCAAAUGGACAAGUCAAGCUGGCAGACUUUGGGGUUUCGGGACAGUUGUCGGCAACAAUGACAAAGAAGAAUACCUUUGUUGGGACGCCAUUCUGGAUGGCGCCGGAAGUCAUCAAGCAGUCUGGUUAUGACCACAAAGCGGACAUCUGGUCAUUAGGAAUUACUGCACUGGAACUAGCUAAUGGCGAACCUCCUUACUCGGAUAUCCAUCCUAUGAAAGUCCUGUUCCUGAUACCCAAGAACCCACCGCCAGAGUUGGAGGGCAACUUUUCAAAGGCUUUCAAGGAGUUUGUCGAACUAUGCUUGCAGAAGGAUCCUAGAAAACGCCCAUCGGCGAAGGAGUUGUUGAAACACCCCUUCGUACGAAGGGCAAAGAAGACCUCAUAUUUAACGGAAUUGAUCGAGAGAUACGAACGGUGGGCUGUGCACCAUAAGAAUGAUAACGAUGAUUCUGGCGAUGAACGAGAAGAACAUCCGCCUACCGCGCCAGUUAAUGAGGAUCUGUGGGAUUUCGGUACAGUGCGACCUGUUGGGGGCAGAGGUGCAGGAAGAGCGGGCCUCAAUACUAUGGGAGAAUCUGCCACAAAUGCAAGGUCGUCGAGAUCAUCUGAGAGUGAAGACGAUUACGCCGAACGGCCUCGAGAACAGUCACCUUCCAAGAUGAAAGACUCGGGAUACGUAUCCAGUGCUGAUACCGUCAAAGCCAUGAGUUCUCCUGUCAGUAAUCAGCCACGGCAGCCGUCACCACAACGACGACCAGUCCCUAAUCUGCAACCUCAGUCUCCCACCAAAGUGCCCUUACCACCCUCUCCGGAGAGAAAUCGAUCAGAGAUCCCAGAGACUCCAAGGACGGCUCAGAAGACGUCUCAAUCUCAAAAAUCGCCCCAAACUCCUGACUACGAUCGUUCAUUACAAGAGCAACUGCAAAGAGAUAUGAGUUAUCUAAACCUUGGCUCACUUCCUUCGCCCCCGCCAGCGAAGCCGGAAAUUGUGCAACCACCACCAGUACAAUUCCAGGCUCCUCAACCAGUACCUCCUCUACCAGUAACACAGAAACAGUUACCAAAGCUUGGCCCUAUUCAACUCCCCGAAAUUCCACCAUUCCGAGGACAUACACAACCUUUACAGAAAGUCACCAAUCAACCUAAUACUGGCUUGUCAAAGCAGCAGCCGCUGCCACCACCACAACCAUUGGCAUCCCAAAAUAUAAAUCCUCGACAACUUGGCCAACCACCGUUAUUAGCCUUGCCAUCUAAGCUCCGUGAUAAUACACCUUCACGCGAAAGCCUAUCUUCGGAGUCAUCUCGAGCACCGCUCGCCAUGCCAUCUCCUGCCCCAGCCAGCCCCAAUGGUGAGUUGGAUGCUUUGAAUGAUGUGAUCUUCCCGGCACUUGAGGAGGCUCUCAAACGCCGGCAAUAUCGACUUCAACAGGCUUUCCGUCAGACAGGCGCAACACCUAGACAGCAACGAGCGCAAGCUGCACAUGAGAAAGUGAGGAAACUGGUGUAUAAGUUAGCACAUGUGUGUAAAGAGAUUGAUCACUGGGACAAGCAAGAACCAGUGGGCAUGGGUAAAGAUGUUGAUGUUUUCCUCGAAGGCUUACUCGAGGAAAUUCUUGUGAGGGUCGAGCCAGCAGACGAGGACGAAGGAGAUGAUAGAAGAUGA